AAUGCUUGAAUGAAAAAAGGAGGAUUUCGUUUCGACCAGUGACCAAGAACCGUAGACAUCAUUGCUUUUUCUACGGCACAAGGUUUGAAGAGUAUCUAUGCCCAAGAACGCUACUAGUGACCUCAUGCCAGUGAUCAUUGAUCCCGUCAAGUAAGAUGAAAUGACUGUGAGAAGAUUCGCUACUAGUACUACGCAGUCAUCUGCACGAUGAUCCAGCUCCUUAAAUAUCAGUGGCUACGAAGAAUCUGACUCCAUAAACUAUGUCUCGUAAACUCAUCGUCGUUUUCGGUGCUACAGGACACCAGGGCAGCUCCGUCGUAGCAUCAUUUCUCAAGAACAAGGAUUACACUGUUCGAGCCGUCACUCGAAAACCCGAUAGUGAAAAGGCGAAAGUGCUUGCUGCUAAUGGCGCCGAAGUAGUUACUGCAGAUCUCAAUGACUACGAGAGCCUCGUCAAGGCAUUCCAGGGCGCAUCUGUCGCCUUCGGCGUGACAGAUUUCUGGACACUGCUACCGAUUGUCGGAUUGGACGGUGCCUUUGAAGGCGAGAUCCAGCAGGGCAAGAAUCUCGCUAAUGCCGCAGCAGCCACCCCUACGCUUGAGCACUACGUUUGGAGUACUUUACCAUCUGCGACAACCGCCAGCAAUGGCAAAGUUCCCGUUCCUCAUAUCGAUAGUAAAUCCCGCGUCGACGAAUACAUCCGUUCCGCCCUUCCCGAUCUCGCGAACAAGACCACUUUCUUCUGGGCUGGAUUUUACGCUACAAACUUGGCGAGCUUUCUACCUCCGGUGAAGCAGGAGUCGGGGAAGUACGCGUGGGUUCUGCCGUGUACACCGAAGGCAACGGCACCUAUGAUGGGACUGACAGACGCAAACGUUGGAGUUUUUGUCGGUGCUAUUCUGGCGAAGCCGGAGAUUACUCUUCCUGCGAAGAUUGUCCUCGGAUCCGUUGAAGUGUUGACGAUGGGAAAGGUCCUGGAGUUAUGGGGAGAGGUUAAUGGCGUCGAGACGGUGUUUGUUCAGAAAGAUCCGGAGGAGUACGCCGCUUCGUUCUUUGCUGGUCCGGUCUUUGGGAAGGAGCUAGCGCUGAAUAUGAAGUUCUUCGAGCAGGACUUGGAAGGCUGGUCAAAGAGUGGCGAGAAGAUUUUGACAAAGGAAGAUCUUGGGAUCGAGGACGCAGAGUUGGUCAGUACGCAGCAGGCUUUUGAGAGGAUGGACUGGAGCUCCAUUGCAAAGGCGUAGUCGCUUUUAUUUACUGAACCUGUCAUUGGAUCUCCCCCUCCCGCCUAGUUGUAUUCGUCUAAUUGUACUUAUAUGAAUGGAUAAACGGUGGAUGGUGAGACGCUGUCGACUUCCUUUAUGACUGGC